AUGUCAUGUUGGCAUUCAAAACGAAAACAUUUUAUUGCAUUUUUGGUUUCAUCACUAAACAAUGAAGCAAAUGACAAUGAUAUCUCCUCUGGACUAACGCUACCAGAAUUAUUUGAUGAAAUUAAAAGUCUUAUCCUUACUGGCUUUGAUACAACAUCUACUGCUCUGUCUUGGUUUAUUCAUUAUGCGUCGAAACAUCCUGAAGUUCAACAACGAAUUAAAGAUGAACUUCGAGAACAUAAUCUCAUUCCAAUGACCAGUAGUGUUGCGCUUACAGCAGAUAUUCUCACUAAACUCACCUAUAUGGAUUGUGUGAUUAAAGAAGUAUUGAGAUGUGCACCCAUUGCUUUCAAUGUCUUACGCAUUGCUCUCUGUGAUGAUCUGAUCGAUGGAACAAUUCAUGUGCGAAAAGGUGACACUAUUUUUAUGUCAAUACACAAUAUUCAUUCAGAUCCUCGAUAUUGGCGUAUUGAUGCAUCACGAUUUGUUCCUGAACGAUUUUUACAUGAAGACAAAGAUCAUCAUUCAUAUGCAUUUUUACCCUUCGAUGGAGAUUAUCGCGCAUGUGCUGGAAAGGGUGCUGCAUGUAACUGUUGCCCACAUUCGCUAGAUUGGCAGAAUGGUCCACGACUUAUUUAUGGUGUUACAAACAGUGUAGCUCUGUGUUCUGAUAUUGCUCCAUUUUCUGUACGUAAAACAUUUUCCGGUCAUCAAGGACGAUUAAACUGUGUGAAAUGGAUUAGACAAGAACAACGAAAUGCAAAUAGUGAGUUCCAUUAUUUUCUCAGUGCAUCUGUUGAUAAAACAAUCGGUUUAUGGAAAGGAAAAGAUGAAGAUUAUACAAAGUAUACUUCACUUGUUGGACAUCAGAAUAGUGUGACAACUGUGGUUGGUUAUCAACAAUCUCCUAAUGAUGAUAUCUAUGUAGCUAGUGGUUCUGCAGAUUCCACAGUAAAAAUCUGGUGUAUCAGUGAUACGUUAGCUACUUGUAUUCAUACACUUGAUUUUAUGAAUGGUUUUGCUAUUACAUUGGAAUUAGUUCCAUUAGAUAAUCAUAAAAAUAUAUUCUUAUUGUUUGUUGCAACGGAUAAAAAUAAAGUUCAAAUCUAUCAAGUAUCAAACAGUGUGAUUGAACAAGUUUUUGUAUUGACUGGACAUGAAGAUUGGAUACGUUCAAUAACAAUUCAAAAAUUAACAUCAUCUCAAUGGUUUAUUGCAACUUGUUCUCAAGAUAAUUAUAUUCGUAUUUGGCAAUUAUCAUUUGAUGAAAGUAAUAAUCAGACAAAUGUUGAUUCAACAAUAUUAAAAUUAAAACGAAGUUCAUUUGCUGUAAAAGUUUCUGAUGAAUCUCCAAUUAAUGUUAAUGUUGAACUUUAUUCAAUUUUAUUAGGACAUGAAGAAGCCAUUUAUGGUCUUUGUUGGUAUCCAAAUACAGAUUUAAAAAAAGCAGCAACAACAAUUCUAUCAGCAUCAAUGGAUAAAUCAAUGGUUUUAUGGACUUUUGAUGACAAUCAAAAAAUGUAUAUCGAUAAAGCUCGUGUGGGUGAAAUUGGUGGUAAUACACUUGGUUUUUAUGGAUGUACAUUUAGUUCAUGUGGUUCAUAUAUACUUGGUCAUGGUUAUGAAGGUGCUUUACAUUUAUGGAAAAUUGAAGAAAUUGAUGAUCGAAUUAAUUUAAUUCCACAAGUAAUUAAUAGUGGACAUUUUAAUACAGUUGAAGAUUGUUGUUGGGAUAAACAUAGUGGUCGUUAUUUAUUAAGUGUAUCAACAGAUCAAACAACACGUUUACAUGCUGAAUGGAAACGAAAUGAAAUAAUUUCAUGGCAUGAAAUUGGUCGACCACAAAUUCAUGGUUAUGAAAUGAAAUGUUUAACUUUUAUUGGUUCAAAUCAUCAACGUUUUGUAUCUGGUGCUGAUGAAAAAAUUUUACGUGUAUUUGAUCCACCGAAAAAUUUUCUUGAAAAUUUUGCUCGUAUAACAAAAAUUAAUGUUGACGAAGAUAUUCAAAAAGCACAAUCUUUGCCUGAGGGUGCUAAUGUACCAGCAUUAGGUUUAUCAAAUAAAGCAAUUUUUGAUAAUGAUGAAGAUCAAACAACAACAACAACAACAGUAAUGGAUGAUAAUCCAAUGACUGUUGAUGGAUUAUAUAAAGAAGGAUUUUUUAAAGCAAUUGUUUUGAAUGAACCACCAUUUGAAGAACAUCUAUUACAAAAUACACUUUGGCCUGAAAUUCAAAAACUUUAUGGACAUGGUUAUGAAAUCAUUGCUGUUGCAUCAAAUCCCUCUGGUUCAAUCAUUGCUUCAUCGUGUAAAGCAAGUCAACAAAAUGAUGCAGCAAUUAUAUUAUGGAAUACAAAUACUUGGAAACCUAUUAUUCGUCUUGCUAUACAUCAAUUAACAGUUGUUCGAAUGACUUUUUCAAAUAAUGGUCAAUAUUUAUUAUCUGUAUCACGUGAUCGAUCUUGGUCAUUAUUUGAAAUAGAUGAAACAAAUUUUCAAGCUCGUUUAUAUAAACGAAUAUCUAGUAAUAAUCCAUAUCAUAAACGUAUAAUAUGGACAUGUAGUUUCUCACAUGAUGAUAAAUAUUUUAUAACGGGUGCACGCGAUCAAAUUAUACAUGUAUGGCAUGUUAAUGAAAAAAGUCAUGAUGAUAAUGAACAACCUUGUGAAAAAAAUUAUUUAAAAUUAAACGAUUCUGUUACUGCUGUUACAUUUGCAUCUCGAUUGAUCGAGAAUGAAAAAUAUUUUGUUGUAGCAGGACUUGAUAAUGGUACUGUUUUAUUUUAUACAUGGAAUGAACAAAUAUCUUGGCAACAUUUAACAUCAAUCACACCACCGCUCGGUUUUCAUUUAACUGUGAAUCAAUUAUGUUUUCGUCCAUCAUUAUUAUUAUCAUCAUCAUCGUAUCAAUUAGCUGGUUGUUCGAAUGAUGGCACUGUUCGUAUUUUCAACAUUUCAUUAUCGUGA